AUGAAUGAAUUAAACCAACAACCAAAACAACAAUUAGCUCCAUUUACUGUUAAAAACGUAUUAUUAGAUAUAUACAAUGGUAUUAUAUUCUUAUCAACUAAUCCACAAGCUAAUAUAAUCAUAUAUCCAAUAAUAAUAUGCUUAUCUUCAAUUAUAACUAAAGUGAUAAUUUAUUAUGUUUCAUAUACAGAAAUAGAUUAUAAAACAUAUUUACAACAAAUUGAAGUCAUUGAAGAUUAUAAGGUACUAGACUAUACUAAAAUAUUUGGAGAUAGUGGACCAAUUGUAUAUCCUGGUGGUUUUGUGACGAUUUAUUCAUGGAUUAGAUAUUUUACCCUGGGAUCAAUUGAAUAUGCUCAAUCAAUAUUCGGAUAUUUAUUUGUUGCUUGUGUUAUAUUUACAUGUGUAAUAUACAGUUAUUUAAAUGUCCAACCAUGGGUUAUAUUUUUAUUUUUAUUGAGUAAAAGAACAUUAUCAAUUUUUGUAUUACGUUUAUUUAAUGAUUGUUGGGUUAGUAUUUGUAUAUUAGGUAUGAUGAUUUUAUUACAACAAGCAAAUCAAGAACCUAAAUUGCGUAUUUUAUUCCUUGGUUUAGCUGCUGAUAUUUAUUCAAUUGCAAUAAGUAUUAAAAUGAAUGCAUUAUUAUAUUUACCGGCAUUCAUUAUUAUUACUUAUUUUUUAACUCAAGAAAAUGCAUUAUUGACUAUUGGAAUAUUGAGUAUCAUUCCAAUUAUUCAAGUUUUAAUGGGUUGGAAAUUCUUAUUAAUAUUUUAUAAUGAUGAAUUGAGUAAGAAAAUAAGGUGGAAUUACAUAAAGAAUGCUUUUAAUUUUGGUAGAAAAUUUUUAUAUAAAUGGACAGUGAAUUGGAAGUUUUUAAAUGAAGAUAUUUUUAAUUCAGACAUUUUUGCAACCAUACUACUUAUAUUACAUGUGGUAACUUUAUUAAUUUUCAUUUUUGGUAAAUUUUUGUCACCUAAAGUUAUUGGGAAAUCAAGAUUAGAAUUGUUCAAAGAUGUGUUUAAAUGGAAGAAGAAAAGUUCCAUGAAUAUGUAUCUUGAUGUUAAAGUCGGACCAAGUUUGAUUUUUUAUACACUUACAUUAACUAAUUUGAUUGGUAUUUUAUUUGCUAGAUCAUUACAUUAUCAAUUUUUAAGUUGGUAUAAUUUUCAAUUACCAGCUAUCAUAUACUUAAAUGUUAAUAAUAUAUUUAUUGGAAUGUCUAUUUGGAUAUUACAUGAAUCAUGUUGGCUUGUAUUUCCAAGUACUAUUUGGUCUAGUGGAUUAUUAAUUACAAUUUUGUCUGGAUUGAUCAUUUCAUCUUGGUUUAACUUCGAUAAAAUAAUUGAAAAUAGUUUAAAUGAUAAAGAAAUAGUUAAAAAGAAUGAAUAG